AUGGGACAUCCAAACGUGUCGCUCAUAUAUACUUACACAGAACCUCAGAGGAAGAAGCACAAACCGAGUCGGCUGGAGCCUUACCCACAAAACGGUGAGUGGAGCAGGGUGUGGCAGUUUCUUCAUGGUGUUAAAAUGUUGGUAUUGGGUCAGGCAUUGUUGCAGCUUUAAAGCUUCCUUAUAUUCAUAGAGCUGACAAUAGUUCCUGUUCAUACAUUUUCUGCUCAUGCAACCACACUUAAAAAACUGCUGACAGCUGAGCAGCCUCAGUGUAAAAGUCAAGGGUGAACCAUCUCGCUGCAAAGCACAUUAGUUGUUCGUUUUGUCGUGAGAAGAAAAUUGCUUCUUAAACUAGAACCCUGCAGGGAACCAAAGGGCCUGAGCCAUGUCAUGCACCUCUAUAGACUGCCUCCCCAGCAGACCACCGCUCUGUCACACUGCCUCUAACAAAAAUAUCAGAGUUUUGUAUGAUAAAAUGUCAUAGUAUCGUAUGAUAAAAAGGUCACAGCAUAGUUUGCUAAAAAUAUCAUAGUAUAGAAUGAUAAACUUUCAUAAUAUAGCAUGAUAAAAUGUCAAAGUAUAGGAUAAUAAAGAUGUCAUGUUAGGGUAUCAUAAAAAUAUCACAUUUAAGAAUGAAAAAUGUCAUGGUAUAGUGACAUUUUUUUUUCAUCCUAAAAUGGGAAAUUUUUAUUAUACUGUACUUUGAUAUUUUUUAUCAUACUAUACUUUAAUAUUUUUAUCAUACUAUACUAUGACUUUGUAAUACGAAAAUAUGAUCUUUUAAAAAUACAAUACCAUGGCAUUUUUUAAAAUCUUAGUAUAGAAUGACAUUUUUCACACUAAAAUGGGUCAUUUUUAUCAUACUAUACUUUGAUAUGUUUUGAUACUAAAAUGUGACAUUUUAACAGAAUAUACUAAGAUUUUUUCAUUCAAAAAUUAGAAUUUUUUAACAUACUAUACUAUGAUGUGUAUCAUACAAUACUAUGAAGUUUUUUUAAUUACUUAAUUUUUUAAUAAUAUACCUGACUAUGAUUCUAACCAUGGACCUUCUUACUGUGAGGUGAAAGUGCCAACCAUUUGAGUACUGUGCCACACAUAACACUGUUGAUCUACUAUGACUUUUUUUUCAUACUAAAAUAUGAACUUUCUUUUCAUACUAAUUUGAAAUUUUUUAACAUACUAUACUAUAGUAUUUUUACCAUACUAUACUAUGACAUAAUUUUUUAUACUAAGUAUAUACAUUUUUUCAUAAAAAUAUGAAUUCUUAUUUCAUAUUCAUAUUUGAAUUUUUCCAACUUACUAUACUAUGACAUUUUAUUCAUACAAAAAUAUGUUUUUUUCAUAAUUAAAUUUGAAAUUUUCAACAUAUUGUACUAUGACAUUUACAACAUACUUUACUAUGACAUUUUUUUCAAACAACAACAUAAAUUUUUUUUUCAUACUUUAAUUUGAAAUUUUCAACAAACUAUACUAUGACAUUUUUAUCAUACUAUACUAUGACAUUAUUCAUACUAAAAUGUGCAUUUUUUCAUCAUAGUAAAAUAUGUAAUUUUCAACAUACUAUACUAUGAUAUUUAUAUCAUACUAUACUAUGAAAUUUUUAAACAAAAGUAGAAUUUUUUUUCCAUACUUAAAUUUGAAAUUUCCAACAUACUAUACUAUGACAUUUUGAUCAUACUUUACUAUGACAUUUUUUUCAUACUAAAAUAUGAAAUUUUUUCUUCAUACUAAGAAAUGAAAAUUUCAACAUACUAUACUUUGACAUUUUUAUCAUACUAUACUAUGACAUUUUUUCCAUUCUAAAAAUUACAUUUUUUUUUCAUACUGAAUCUAAAAUACUUUUUUUUCUUUUUACAUUCCUGCCUGGGAAUUGAACCAUGGACCUUCUUGCUGUGAGGCAACAGUUGUAACCAUUAUGCUUCUGUGCCACCCAAGUUGCUAUUGGUCUUUUUAUCAUACUUUACCAUUGACCUUAUUUUUUCCUACAAAAAUAUGAUUUUUUUCAUACUAUAAUAUGACAUUUUUAUCAUACUAUACUAUGACAUUAUUCAUACUAAAAUAUAACAUUUUGGUCAUAGAAGAAUAUGUUAUUUUUACCAUACUAUACUAUGGCAUUUUUUGUCAAACUAUACUUUUACUUUUUUUUUCAAUACUAAAAUUUGAAGUUUUUAUCAUACUAUACUGACAUUUUUGUCAUACUUAAUGACAUUUUUAUCAGAAAAAUAAGAAUUCUUUUUCAUAUUUAUAUUUUCAAUUUUCAACAUACUAUACUGAGGCAUUUUUAUCAUACUAAACUAUGACAUUUUUUCAUACAAAAAUAUGUUUUAUUUUUCAUACUUUAAUUUGAAAAUUUCAACAUUCAAUACUGACAUUUUUAUCAUACUAUACUAUGACACUUUUUUCAUCCUAAAAUAUGAAAAUUUUCUUUAUACUAAAAAAUGAAAUUUUCAACAUACUAUACUAUGACAUUUUUAUCAGACUAUACUAUGAAUUUCUUUCAUACAAAAAUAUGAAUUCUUUUUUCAUACUUAUAUUUUAAAUUUUCAACAUACUAUACCAUGGCAUUUUUAUCAGACUAUACUAUGACUUUUUUCAUACAAAGAUAUGAUUUUUUUUUUCAUAUUUAAAUUUGAACAUUUUAACAUACUAUACUAUGACAUUUUUAUCAUACUAUACUAUAUUUUUUUCAUAACAAAGUAUAAAAUUUUUCCUCAUAAUAAAAAAUGAAAAUUUCAACAUACUAUACUAUGACAUUUUUAUCAGACUAUACUAUGACAUUUUUUUCAUACUUAGAAUGACAUUUUUCUUCAUGAUAAAAAAUAAAAUUUUAACAUACUAUACUAUGACAUUUUUAUCAUACUGUUCUAUGACUUUUUUCAAACAAAAACAUGAAUUCUUUUUUCAUACUUAAAUUUGAAAUUUUCAACAUACUUUACUACAACAUUUUUAUUUAUGCUAAAAUAUGAAAGUAUAGAAUGAUAAAAUGUCAUUGUAUAGUAUGAUCAAAGUGUCAUAUUAUUGUUUGAUUUUAAAAAAUCAUAGUAAAAUGUCAUAAAAAUUAUCGUAGUAAAAUUAAAAUGUCAUUGUUUAGUUUUAUAAAAAAAUAGUUGAGUAUGUUAAAAAUUAUAGUUGGUUAUGUCAUAGUAGUGUAUGAUAAAAAUAUCAUAUAACAGCUUUAAUAAUGUAAACAUGUGAUGUCGAGUUUGCGUGAUAAUCAGUAAAUGGUCUUUAACAUGGAUAAUGGUCCUGUCAGCUCACUCCACGUGCCUGUAUCUUAACUUAAUGAGUCACGAUUGGCUUAAGUAAUUGAUGGUAAAAUAUUUACCUCAUCCUAUAAUCAGUGUGCGUUACAGGCUUCAGUAUAAGUAAAGCUGAAGGUUUUCAACUUGGUGCCCAGCUGCAGAAACAGCCUAACUCUCAGGAUGAUCCCUGAAGACGUCAUCCAGAAUCUGCUUCAUUUUUCCACUUUGAGAUUACACUUCAAACUUUUCCUGUUUACUUUGAACUCUUUUGUCAGCUUUAUUUAGUCACGUUACUCACUAAAACAUCUGGAUUUUAAUUUAAACCCGGAAAUCUCUGAUAUUGUUUUGACUAUAAGUGUAACAGGUAAAAAUAUCUCUGAUUGAAUGCAGUCAGUUUUGGAGAUUUGUCCAUAAUUUUUUCCCACAAUCCUCCACAGAUAACCUGAACAAUGCUUUAGGAGCCAUCAGAGUCCUUGGACUGGAGCUCAUUGAGGAUGAACUCAAACCACAUAUGAACACGGUGCUGACCAUCAUUAAGGAGAGGAGUGAGUCCCUUUUUGUCACUUUUUCACACAUUUUCCUGUUUAAGCGAUGUUAUCCUUUAAUCAAAUGCUAUAAAAUGAUCUUCUGGACAGCAUCUCCUUCAUCACCGCCUGUUAUUUCAGGGUAUAAUAAAGGCUUUCAGGGUGACAUUAUAUGUCAUGGUAUGUUUUCCACUUGACAUGAUUUGAAUUGCAAAAUAACACUCCUGUUGCCACGUUUUAUAUAAAUAUUUAUGAUUUAGUCCUUGUGUACCUAAAGUCAUCUUCCCUCACAUCGGCAGUCGCAGCAUAUUAACACAGCUCCACGUUUUGAAUGAUAACACGUGGAGUUAAGCUAUACUGGUUGGGGGAGGGGAACUGGGAGGCAGUGAAGGGAUCAGGUGUGUGUCAGAGGUAAGUCCUCUGUAGACGUUAAUCUGCAUUUGUGUCCUCUGGUGAGAGAGCAACAGGGGGGAUGGAGGGGGGGCAGGAGAGGUAAAGCAGGUUUAGAGAGAUCCCGAAGAAAGCGACGCUGAACCAGCUGGAGAUGCUUUUCAAGAAGAUUCUGCCAAACAUUUGAAAGCCUGUGAGGGACUCGUUCCACUAUUAAAAAGAUGAGAUUCUGAGUCAGGAAAACUACCAUCAUGUAAGAGAAGUGAGAGGAUAGUGGGGCACAAACUUAAAGCUCCAGUUAGGAGUUUUUAACUGUUUAUAAAACAGCCUAAAAUGUUUAUUGUUGUAGUUUGGUAACACUUUACAAUAACCAUAACUUAUAAAUGGUAAGCAGAUAGUUUAAUAAUGUUUAAUCAUCAUUUAUAAAUAGCAUAUAGACCAUUAAUAAAUUGUACAUUUUACAAAAAAACCUAACCCCAACUUUAACCCUAACUUUACAACAAUCAUCUAAAUAAUGUUUAUAGGUGAUUUAUAAACCACUUAUUAAUCAUUUACAAAGUAUUACAAACAUCAGUUUCAAGUUUACAAUAAACAACUAAGUAAUUUUUAUAGCUGGUUUAAAAACCAAUUCACCAUUUACAAAGUGCUUAAUAUUGAUGAAAACACUCAUUAAACUGAAUGCAAGAUUUCACUUGUACUAAAUUAUUUUUACAGAAAACCAUAAAAAUGAAAGGAUUAGAUCUUAGAUUCAUACAAAUGUACUAAACAAAUUGAAGAGAUAAGAGGCGCCACUUUGUCCACAGGGGGCGCCAAAAUAAACAAUCCAAUCCAAUUCACUUUAUUUAUACAACACAUUUUAAAAAUGACAUUCAAGUUUACCAAAGUGCUGCACAAUAAAAUUAAAAGAACAAACACUGCAGGAAACAUCAAGAUGAAAUAAAUAAAAGCAGGUAAAAAAACAUGUAAAAUACAUGAAAUAAAAACAUGAUAGAAAUAAAAGUGAUGAAAGGACCAUAAAAGACAUAAAAGGACAGAGAUCACACAACUCAACAACAACAAGCCAAGGAAUAAAAAUGAGUUUUAAGACGUGAUUUAAAAGAAGAAAGAGUGGGGGAUGUUUUAACCUCGAGUAGCGACCUAACCUAAAAUAUCCACUAAAGGGCCAGGGUCUUCAUCUUUGAGGCCUUUAUUUUAACGUGAUUCACAAUAACUAGAUUUAACAUGACCCUGUCUUGCUGCUGUUUGUCCAGAUAAAGGUGCGGCUGAGCAGGUGGUGAUCAGCGGGAUCCUGCCUAUCCUCGCCCUCUCGCUGAGAACCAGAGGACCUCUGACCGUGCUGACCGCCAAACUGGUGGCUGAGCUCGCCAAGGAGUGUGAGCUCUCCUGAGAUUUUGUUUUAUUCACAAACACAUUUUUUAAUCAGUUUAGCUUUAAUAUCAAUAAUUGUUGUUUUUUUGUUUGUUUUUCUUGCAGCUGUGAUCCGGAAAGGUUUCGGUGAUGCAGGUUUGGGUCCCGCUCUGCUGUCUGUGCUGACCAGUCCGGACCAAGACGUGCUCCUCUACGCUGCAAUAGCGAUCUCACGCAUGUCCUAUGACAGCUGUAAGUGAAGAAAACUUUUAAAUAACAACGUCAGGUUAAUUCCUGGAAAUUAAUAAUCUGUUCUCUUGAUCUAGCUUCAUUUUUAAGAUCCUGAGAUUACCAAUAUCUCAUAAUUCUCACUUUUUUUCUGAAAUCUAAAGGUUUAAGUUAAAAUCAGGACUUUUUUAUCUCAACAGUUAACCUUACAAUCACAAUUUUAAUCUCUGAAUUUUGACCUUUUUCUUUAACUACUGGGAUUAAAGUGGCUCUAAUCCGACUCUAAUCUCAGAGGUCCUGAGAAACUUUUUUCAGAAGUCUGACUUGUUUCUCAGAAUUCUGUGAGAAAGUCAGAUUUCUCAUUUUAAUCUCAGAAUUUUGACUUUAAUCUUGGAAUUAUGGAAAAAGGGAGAAUCCGGAGAUUACGAUUGGCAUUCUUAGAAAACAAAGUAACUAUUGACUUUCAUCUCAGAAUUCUGACAGAAAAAAAGUUUAAAGAUUAAAGUCAGUUGUCUGAGAAAAUAGUCAGAAUUCAGACUUUCUCAGAACUUUGAUUUUAUCAUUCUAACUUUUUUGGAUUAAUGUGAGGAUUAUGACUUUUAAUUAUGUCUUUCUAUCGCCUCUAGCUAAACUUCAGGAGCUGCUUCUCCGUCGAGGUGCUGUCCCCCGUCUGGUCGCAAUCCUGCUCCGUUACCCCGACAAAGAGGCCCUGGAGGAGGUGUGUCUGCAGGCCCUCUGUAACGUCAGCGGGAUGGGAGUGGCAGAGGAGGCCGGGAUGGUGUGGGAGAGGGUUUCAUCUCUGAGGCCGGGGGAGUCCGUCUAUCACGGGAUUUCUCCUCACACCUGUGGUUUUGCCUCCUCUGUGACUCUGGUCUGUGUAUCUCAGUGGGCUCCCGCUCAGUACUCGGUCAAAAUCGAGGUGUUCCAGCGCUGCUCCUCCUCUUUCUGGAACCUUCAUGGGAAAAAACAGAGAGCCAGUUGGUUCCCGUUCUCAAGCCUGGGCAGCUGCUCGAAUCUGUGCAAGGUGAUUCAAUUCUCCACGAAGAAAGUCCCUCGAACUAAAAGUCUGAGGUCUCGAGUGUUUCACACGUUACUCUGA